AAAGUUAGCUGGCAAAGUGCUUAGCGCUCUAUCGCUAACAACAUGAAGGCGGGUCGGGUAACCCCGGUGAUUAAAAGGCAAGAUUUUAACUUGUAAUUAUAGAAGAGAGGUCUCUCCAUAGUCUGUGAAACUGGACACGACGCCUGAUUAAUAAUUUGGCCCUGCAGAAUGUCCAAGAUCAGGCGGAAGGUAACAGUGGAGAAUUCGAAGACCAUAUCUGACAGCAGUGCGAGCACCACACCCUCUCGAAGGCCCAGUGUUUUUGAGAGACUCGGCCCCAGCACCGGAGGGAAUGCUGCGGAGACACACUGUAGAAAUUGGUUAAAGACUGGGAACUGCAGUUACGGCAAUACUUGUCGCUAUACACAUGGAACUCAGCCAAGGGGCAAAGGCUUUUCUGGAACGUUUAGCAGGUCAGCAGAGAGGCCCACUGGGGAUCUCCGGGAGAGGAUGAAGAAUAAGAGACAGGAUGCUGAAGCAGAUGCCCAGAAAAGAGAUCCAGAAGAGCCUACAUCACCCGCAACCAGACAGAAGCAGCGCGACUCCUCUCGUGGCCGUCACCGUGAGAAAGAGGACAUAAAGAUCACCAAGGAGAGAACUCCAGCCAGCGAGGAAGAGCCAGCCGAGUGGGAGGGCACUCGAGAAGACUCUGAUAACGGUGACUACGACUACGAGUUGUCUUUGGAGAUGAAGAGACAGAAGAUUCAGCGCGAGCUGAUGAAGCUCGAGCAAGAGAACUUGGACAAAAGGGAGGAGAUCACCAUCAAGAAGGAGGAAUCCACAGCUAAGAACAGGCCCGGAAGCAUGUCUAAGGCUUCCCCUGAGCGCGGGAGCUCCAAAGGGUCCCCCUCGUCCCGCAAGUCCAGCGGAUCCCCCAAGUACAAGGCCACAGGGAAGAGCGCCGGCUCUGGGAAGAAGGAGAAGUCGUCCUCCUCCUCCGUCAUCUCGUCUCCGGUGUCGGACCAGACCCGGGCCGAGGAGUCGGAGAGUCGGUUCUCUAAGGGGGGUCACGGUAAGAAGAAGGGCCCGCGCACCCCCAGCCCCCCCCCGCCGGUCCCGGUGGAGCCGCACGUGGUGGGGAAGAAGCACAAGGGCAAGCACAAGAACAAGGACAAGUCAGAGGACCGCGCCAAGGAGGGCAAGGAGCGCGGCCGCGACGCCGAGAAGCACAAGGAGAAGAAGGACAAGCGCAGGGACCGCUCAGAGAGCUCCCACAAGGCCAAGCGGUCGGUGACGUCAGACGAGCGCUCUGGAAGUGUGUCCUCGCCCUCCCGAGACGUGUCCCCCCCCAGCAGGAGGAAGUCCUCCUCCCCCAAAGGGUCCUCCCAGAAGCCCCCCGCCGCCGCAUCCCCACACCGGUCCCGUGGCUCCCCGGUGCGUCAGCAGCACAGUCCGUCCCCCUCGGUGGCGCGGCACCACUCCCCGUCCUCCCACUCGGGCUCUCGCUCGUCGCCCCAGAGACACACCCCCUCCCCCACGCCCGCUCGCAACCGCCGCAACCGCAGCCCCCCCUCCCCUUCGUACCCCCGCAGCGAGCCCGGCCCCCCCGCCUCGUCGUCCCCCCCACCCUCCUCUUCCUCCUCCGCCCUGCGCCGCUCGCGCUCCCCCCUGACCCCCCGUGGCCCCUCCCCCCCGGCACAGGGCCAGCGCCGGGCCAGUCCUGGACGACGCCACUCGCAGGGCCGAGAGAGGGGAGCGCGCGCAGAACGAGACCGCAGCCCGCCGCCACAGGAGAGACGCCACGAACGCAGAGAUGAGUCUCGCGGGCGGCGUGAGAAGGAGAGCGGUCGAGACGAGCGGGACUACGAGCCGGAGCAGAGCAGCUCGCGGGACAACCGUGACGAGCGCGAGUCCCGGGACAGCCGCGACCGGCGAGACGCCAGGGACCGGCGCGACACCCGCGACGAGCGGCCGCACCGACAGGACGCGUCCAAGGAGGCCCGCGGGGACGCGUCCAGGAGCGACGCCCGCUCCUCACGAGAGGCGCCGGAGCACCGGGAGCGCGAGAGGGAGCGGGAGCGGGAGCGGGAGCGCGAGAGGGAGCGCGGCGAGGCCCACCGCAAGGACGACGCCGCCCCAGAGGAUCGUGGGAGUUACGGCAAGGGCCACAGCCGCGAGGAGGCGCGGACCGAAACACGGAGCGAAGCGCGGACUGAUGCGCGGACCGAGACCCGAUCGGACGCCCGCGCCGAGAGAGGGGGCAGAGGUCGAGGCCGAGGAGCCGAGACUACCGAUAAAGGUUCGUCUCGAGGCUCGCGGGCGUCUCCAGGUGACCGUGGCCAUGACAACUGGGAGUCCAGGAGCGGAGUUCGCGAGCGCAGUGCUGAGAGAGGCUCGGAGCGCGCAGCCGACAGCAAGGCCACCGAGCGAGCAAAUGAGCGCACCACCGAUCGCUACGGUAACGAGCGGCCCAGGGGCGAGCAGGCCCGAGACUCCUCCUACGACCGCAGGAGUGGCCAUGGCGACCGCGAACGCAGGGACAACCGCGACAGAGAGGUGAGAGCGCCCUCUCCUGGGCGACACCAGAGCCGCGGCGAGGAGGCUGAACGUGAGGAGCGGCGGGACGAUCGGCGGACGGAGAGGGGCGGUGACGAGAGACGAGACGAGCGUCCACGGGAGCGAGAGAGGGACCGCGAGAGGGAGAGAGAGAAGGAGAAGGAGAGAGAGAAGGAGCGGGAGGCCGAGCGCGAACGAGAGAGGGUCCGAGAGCGAGACCGAGAGCGCGAGAGGGAGCGCGAGAGAGAACGGGAGCGAGAGAGAGAGCGCGAGGAGCGAGAGCGCGAGAGGGAGAGAGAGGAGCGCGAGAGGGAGAGAGAGGAGCGAGAGAGGGAGAGAGAGCGGGAGCGGAAGGAGAGAGAGCGUGAGCGCGAGCAGAGAGAGAGGGAGAGACAGAGGGAGUGGGAGGAGAGAGAGAAGGGAAGAGAGGAGCGCAGAGAGAGGAGGGAUGACCCCAGAGAUGACCGCCCCGUCCGAGACUCUGUCGAGGAGCGCAAGCCCAGUCGUAAGAGACACAGAGGGGAGACCACACCCAGCCCCCGCAGCUCUCCCAAACGCGCCCGCGACGCCAGCCCUGCCGACAGCGACGGCUACAACAGCUCCGAGGAGAAAGGUGAGAAGCACCGGCUGUUGAGUCAGGUGGUGCGUCCGCAGGACCCCCCCUCCCGCUCGCCGCCCCCUGCCCCCCCACGCGCCCCCGCCGAGGAGAAGCCGUCGCGCUGGAAGGAGGACGAGCGGCGUCCAGACAAGAAGGACGUGCGUGGACGCACCCACGAGGACGGCCGAGGAGGAGGAGGAGGAGGAAGUGGCGCUGACCGGCGAGGGGAUCAGGAGGGCGUUCCGGCCGCGUCGGACACCAGGAGGGGCAAGGAGCGCGAGGCCAGCCCCCCCGCCGCCACCGUCCCCGUGGCGACCGCGGAGGAGCGCGAGACGCCGGCCGCGGCUGCCCACGAGGAGGGCAAGAAGAAGAGCAAGGGGCAGAAGAAGGGCCUCAAGAAGAACCGGCGCGAGGAGGAGCAGCGGGCCACAGCAGGAGUGACCGCGCGUGACGACCGCUUCCCCGCGGAGCCCGCGGUCACUAACCCGCCUCCUCCGGAGACUCCUCCCCCUCCCCUGCUGUCGCCGCGGAAACCGCCCAAGAAGAAGGCGCUGGACAAGAAGCGCAAGCGCUCGCGCGGCGCCGACUCGGACGCGUCCGAGGACGAACCGGGAGCCGCCGCUCACCACCCGGUCAGCAAGCGCCGCCGCGGGCCCCGCACCCCCCCGCCCAUCACCAAGGAGGACCUGCUGUCCCAGAGGGUGCUGGCGGCCAGCCAGAGGUCACCGCUUCCCCUGCCGCUCAGCGACUGGUCCGACGAGGACGUCCCUGACCGCGGCGAGCCUCCUCCCCCCCCACCACCUCCACCACCCCCCCCUCCGGUCCAGCCCCUGCCGGAGCCCAGGACGCUGCUGCCCGUCGAGGCUCUGCCCAGCCGUCGUCUACGUGGACGCACGGACCCCCCCAUCGCGCCGCUGCUCCCCGACCCCCCCAUGCUGCUGCCCACGCCCCCCCUGCAGCCGCUACUGCCCCAGCACAUGCUGCGCAAGCCCCUCCUGCCCCACGCGCCCGGCGUCCCGUUAGAGCCGCACCCCUCCGUGGGCCGGCCCGGAGUCCUGGGCAACGCGCCCCUGGGUCGCCCCUCGCGCCGCCUGCGAUCGCCCUCCAACGAGACGCACCGCGACGAGAACCCGCAGGUGCCCCGCGCCAGGAGAGGGCGCCAGCCGCCACUGGGCAACGUGGCACGGGAGCGCGAGAGGGAACGCGAGCGAGAGCGCGAGAGGGAGAGAGACCGGGAACGGGAGCGGGAGAGGGAGCGGGAGAGGGAGAGGGAGCGGGAGCGUGAACGGGAAAGAGCGGCGGUCGGAGAGCCGGUCGGGGCCGAGAGGAAGUCCCGCAUCGACCAGCUGAGGAGAGGAGAGCCCAGCCGCAGCACCUCUUCAGAUCGCCAGGACUCCCGGAGUCACAGUUCCCGACGCAGCUCCCCCGAGUCGGAGCGUCAGGCGCGUUCUCGUGCGGGCUCCUACGACAGCAGGGAACGCGAGCGGGACCGAGACCGCGACGUCUUCGACCGCAAGGACCCGAGGCAGCCGCCGGGGCCCCCAGGACUGGGGCUGGGUCUUGGGCUGGGGCUGGGGCUCGGACUGGGCGGACUGGGCCUCGGUCCGGCCGGCGUCCCCCAGCAGCCCAGGGAAUGGGAGCAGGAGCCGCAGAGGGACUGGGGCCCCCGGGGCCCCCGAGAGCCACUGCUGCCCCACCGCGGCGCCAACCGCGAGCCCAUCCGCGAGCGAGAGCGCGACCUGCGGGAGCCCCGUGAGCGCGAGCGCCUGCUGCCCGAGGGCCUGCUGUCCGGCGCCGUCCACGAGCGGCUGGAGCGCGAGCGCGAGCGGGAACGGGCCGAGCGCGAGCGCGAGCACCGGGAGAGAGAGCGGGAGCGCGAGAGGGAGAGGGAGCGGGAGAGGGAGCGGGAGCGCGGGGAGAGGGAGAGGCUGCUCCCCAUCGACCCCAUGGCCCACGGAGAGCCCAAGGCCAGAGGAGACGCACGCAUGGAGCGCGGCGACUACGAGCCCCUGUUGCCGCGGGAGGCUGUUGCCAUGGAUACUGACAAGCCGGCCGACAGCGCGCAUGCUCCGACCGAGGCGGCUCAAGAAGAGAAGGGGGACAGUCUUGAUGAAGAUGAUGUGAAAGGAGAGGACAACCAGUCGAUGGUGUCUGGAGGUGAAGAGUACGAGCCCAUCAGCGAUGAUGAACUGGACGAGAUUCUUGGAGACAGCAGUCAGAAGCGAGAGGACCAGCAGGACGAUGACAGAGUCCCAGGUCCGCUGGACGUGAUUGACGUGGACUGGUCCAGCCUGAUGCCCAAGCAGAAGCAGGAGCCUCGUGCCCCCGGGGCGGCGCUGCUCAGGUUCACCCCCGGCGCCGUGCUGCUCCGCGCGGGCGUCUCGCGCCGCCUGGCCGGACCGCAGCUCCUCGCCCGCGUCAAAGAGGUGUGCCGGAGCGAGCUGGACGACCCGAAAGACGCUGAGCGGCUGUUUGAGCACGACCUGGGCGCUCUCAACAUGGCGGCGCUGAACAGGCGCGUGGAGAGGGCCAACCUCCUGCGGAACCUGGGCUCGGGCUGCAAGGCCCUCAGCGCACGCAGAGACAUCGCCAUCCGCAAGCAGCUGCUAAAGAACGACAAGGGCACCACCAAGCAGAUGUACUCCACUCCUCCAGUGGGCGACUCUGAGCUGCUGCAGCUCAGCGUGCGUCUCUUUAAGAAGGCCCUCGCGUCCAGCCAGACGGCCGACCUGGAGCGCGCUCAGACCAGCGCGGCUAGCGCCCCAACGGCCGCCCCCUCCGCCGAGGUGUGUGUGUCCUAAGAGGACAGAGGGGGGGGCGGUCGUCAGUGAGUAGCAGCAUGACCCUGGCUUACACUCAUCCUCUGCCUACCUGUAACCUACUGUCCACUACUGUCCACUAGCCUCCGUGCUAAACUCAUAACACUGAAACUGUUGUUAAGUCAGUGGUGUGUGGAUUCCACCAUAGAGACUGCUGGAGGUGCAAGCCUAUGGAUGGAUGAGAUGAGAUGCUGAGUGGAUGGAUUUGUGUAAGGCCACAGUGGGUGAACUCGAUAAAACUGUGGGGGAAAUGUUCACAGAAGAGAAUAACUGUUUUGAUGGAAUUGUUUUUUUUUUAGUGAAGUGCUUUUUUUAAAAGUGGGGGAGAUAGAAGAAUCAGUGACUGGUCUUUGUUAACAAAUGUUGUAAGUUCAUUCCAUCUUCCAUGCAUUGGUGAGUAGAACUGUGCAUUAAACUGGUUAAAUCUUCA